CAUAUUGACAUGUCAUAAAUUAAAAAAUUGAAAUACAUAGUGAAUUAUUGAUGGAGAUCAUUAUCAAAUAAACAACCCGAAGUCCACAUGAAACAGCCCUCACGUAUAUAUAAAUAGAAUCAGGCUUAAUGUGAAAAAGCAAGGUGGAGUGAAGAGUGAUUGAAAGAAUUAAGCAUGAAAUACAGUGAGAUAUCCCACUUCAGCCACCCGCAACACAAGCUCCGAUUCGAGUACUCGGAAAUCCCGUUCAAAUGCGACGGGUGCAAGGAAGCGGGCAUAGGGUCACGGUACAAGUGCUCGAGGUGCGACUUCGACCUUCACAUGCAGUGCGGCAUGGUAACCUCCCCCACCCUCUUCCACCCCUUCUACGGGAAGUGCACCUUCCACUUCAUGUCGUCGCCACCAGGGGACACACCUCGCUACUGCAACGCCUGCGAGAAGGACGUGACGGGGUUCGUGUACCACUGCAAAGCGUGCGGCUUCGACCUCCACCCCUGCUGCGCCAAGCUUCCGGCGCUCCUCCAGGACGGCGAGGUGAAGCUCUACCUCUACCGGAAGGUGAGCUCGGCGUGCCACCGCUGCGGCCGGAAGGGGCGGAGCUGGAGUUACCGGUCCAAGUGCAAGAGCUACAAUCUGCAUGUGGCGUGCGUGAGGGAGAUGGUGGUGGAGAAUUGGCACGAGGUGUUUGUUAAGGGUGUUCCUGUGCUUGCUUACAGUGGUGGUCACACGAGUAGUCGGAGUAAGGGGAAGAAGAAGGUUAAGAAUUGCUGUGAGAUUGCCGCUUUGGCUUUGCAGUUUGUCAUAUCGGCUCUCUUGGGAGAUCCAACGGCUCUCAUUGCCGGCAUUGUCGCCUCCUUCGUGUCAAGGGCUUGAUCCCUUUCUCUACUUUGCUUGCUACUUAUAUAGUGUUAUCAUGUUAAUCUCAGUUACAUUACAUGCUUCAAAGUUAGUGUGAUUUGGACCAAAGCUAACUCAACUAUAUCAAAUGACUUUUUAUUCUUCUUUUAUAUUUCUGAGUAUCCAGUUUAAUU